AUGGUCGACUCAGCUGACGAGCCUCCACUGUCAAGUCGUCUACACUCAUGGGCUAGAACCAGACUACCAGCCCUGCCGCUUCCGUCCUCCCUCGACCCUCCACGACCCCGAAGCGAAGACCCUGUCGAAUCCUCCCCCGAACCCCGAAUCGACAACAGAGAUAUCCCAUCCCACCAUGCUAUCCACGAAGCCUCUGCAGCUGGUCCUGCAACCUCAGACCACCACGUUGACGAAGCGGAUACCCAGCGACAAGAUCUACCGUCUGUGGAUAAGAAAGGAGAUGGAGCGCAACCUGCCACCAUAGGAAAUACAACCACGGAGGGCAAGGCUCCCGUGCUGGAUCGAUUCAUACGAGAUGUCAAGCGCAUCCUUUUUUCGAGCUGGGUCAACUGGCUCCUUAUCUUUGUGCCCGUCGGCAUAAUUCUUGGAGUCCUUGUUGACUGGGCUCACGUCGAUGUUGUAAGCCCAACCGUCGUGUUUGCCAUCAACGCAGUCGCCAUCAUCCCUCUGGCAUCACUGCUGGCAUAUGCCACGGAGAGUGUGGCGAUCAAAUUGGGUGACGCCGUCGGAGCCUUGCUCAAUGUCACCUUCGGCAAUGCUGUCGAAUUGAUCAUCUUCAUUAUCGCACUUGCAGCGAAGCAGGUCCGCGUCGUUCAAGCCGCUGCCUUGGGGUCAAUACUCUCCAACCUGUUGCUGAUAUUGGGCAUGUGUUUUGUCGCCGGUGGUCUUCGAUUCCGAGAACAACUAUACAACGCGACUGUGUCACAGAUGUCCGCUUGUCUACUCUGUCUGAGCGUCCUCAGUCUACUCUUGCCUACAGCGUUCCAUGCCUCUUUCUCCAAUACCACCACGGCCGACCACGUGGUUUUGAAGGUCUCAAGAGGAACCAGUGUAGUCCUUCUCUUGGUCUACAUCCUUUACUUGCUGUUCCAACUCAAAUCACAUGCAUUCAUGUAUCAGAGCACACCUCAACAUCUCAUUGACGAAGAGUCACAUCCCGGUGUCCUGGCCGAUAUCUUGAAUUCCAGCUCAAGCGACAGUUCUACUUCCAGCGACUCCGAUUCUGAUUCUAGUUCUGGCUCAUACACGACAGCUAAACGAUUUCGACGUGCUCUGCGUCGGAAGAGACGCAAGUCGACCUCGAGCACCAAAGACAAUGUGUCGCUGCCGGUGUUCACUCGAAGCCCAUCUGUUUUGACAGCGGCGGGCGGCUCAUUAGAGCAUACUACCUCUCCGACAUCCCGGGAACUCGAGCCAGUCUUUAGUGGAGAUGAAGCCGAUGUUGACGGGGAAGAUCGAUCAGCUCAGCGACGUUCUCGUGCAGCGGCAGUUCAUUCUCGCGACUUUGAAAGCAAUGCCCAACAGGAUCACUUGUCCGAACAGUCGAGAAGGCACCGCAAGAAAAGCAAGAGGACCAAACGAUCCAAGAAGGAAAAGGAGAAGCAAUCAGACGUCGAGAAGGAGAACACACCUAUCGUUGAAACACAAACAAAAGACUCGUUGUCCACCGCCAACACGCUUUCGCCCCAGGUUGGCUUCUCAGCCGACGUCGAAGAGAUUCCGACUGAUGGUGCUGCGAAGCGACCCUUCAACAUCCGCAACCUUUCUGAAGCAGUGAGGCCGGCAUUCAGCUCGAACGUGUUUCCACACCAUCAAGCUCUGGGCCGGUCUCUCGCAUUACCCAUCCGUCCUCUGUCACAGGCACGGCCUAGCCCUCGCGGCUUGCGUCGUACUUCCUCGAUGCCGGACAUUCUGCAUCCAACACUCUCCAAUCCACGGUUGCCUGCAAUGACAGUCCUUCCUACGCAGAAUGUGGCGCCCUCGGAAAUUGGAACUGAGGUGGCAAUAGAACAACUUGUCGAAACACAAGAGCAUCUCUCGCAGACUUCGGCCAUCAUCCUGUUACUGGUUACUACUGGACUGGUUGCUAUCUGUGCUGAAUUCCUUGUCGGCAGCAUCGACUACCUGAUUGCGAACAGCGGGGUCAGUCAAGCAUUCAUCGGUCUUAUUAUUCUCCCCAUCGUCGGCAAUGCAGCUGAGCAUGUCACCGCAGUGACAGUGGCUGCCAAGAACAAAAUGGAUCUGGCCAUCAAUAUUGCUUUGGGUAGCAGCAUUCAAAUCGCACUCUUCGUCACCCCAUUGAUGGUUAUACUCGGUUGGAUCAUCAAGACAGACAUGAGCUUGUACUUUAGUCUUUUCGAGACGGUCAGCUUGUUCGCCAGUGCUUUCAUCGUCAGCUUUCUGAUGAUUGAUGGCCGGAGCAAUUAUCUGGAAGGCUCGCUGUUGAUCGCCGCAUAUGUGAUCAUUGCUGUGGCAGCAUUCUUCUAUCCCACAUGUGAUCUCAGUUCGGCCAGUGGAUCACUUGAGGGUCUCGACGCGGUGUGUUAG